AUGUCCUCCUCCUCGACUUCGAGCUGCAGUAAGGACCAGCCAAUAAUCCACCUGGCUCUCCCCCUCCUCCCGCUGUCCGUGCGCACGAGUCUUGCGUUGGCCGGCACGGUUGUCCACGUGCGGUCCCAAGCGGGGGCCGCCGCCCCAGAAAAGAAAUCGUUGUUUUGUCCAUUCAUUGUCCUCAUACACAACACUCACCACUGUGCACUGUCCUCACGGUGCCGUGAAAGGCGCACUCUGAUUCGCCCACACACCAGCACUGCUGUGGGGCGUCUUCUGCGAGGCGUUCAGGUGCGCUCCGACUAA